CGCCAAAUAAAAUUGUCGCGGCGCUCAGGAAGCCGUGUUUGCUGCAAUGGCCAGAAGGGCCCUAAAACUUGCAUCCUUUGCCACUGUAGCAGCUGCUACUGCCACUGGUUCCUACCUAUACAGCAAGAAGCACCUGGAUCCCAAUGAUUUUGCAGUUGUUCGAGUAAGCAGAGCCGUUGCCACAACAGCUGUAAUUACCUUUGACUACCUCAAUUCUCUCAGGAGUGUUCCACGUGGGACAGAAGAAUAUGACUACAUCAAAUCCCAGGUGCACCUGCGUUCUGCAAAACGUCUCCGAGACCUGUGCUGUGCCAAUCGGGGCACCUUCAUCAAAGUGGGACAGCACCUGGGAGCGCUUGACUAUCUCUUGCCUGAGGAGUACACCCACACACUCAAGGUGUUACACAGCCAAGCCCCCCAGAGCAGCAUGGAGGAGAUCGAGCAAGUAAUCCAGGAGGACCUGGGGAAAGGGAUUAACGAGUUGUUUGUAAGUUUUGAAGAUGCUCCGCUGGGGGCUGCAUCCCUGGCCCAGGUCCACAAGGCUGUGCUGCAGGAUGGGAGGACAGUUGCGGUGAAAGUCCAGCAUCCUAAGGUUCAAGCGCAGAGCUCUAUGGAUAUCCUACUGAUGGAGAUCCUUGUCUUGGCUGUGAAGCAGAUCUUUCCAGACUUUGAGUUCAUGUGGUUGGUGGAUGAAGCUAAGAAGAACUUGCCUCUCGAAUUGGACUUCCUUAAUGAGGGGAGAAAUGCUGAAAAGGUGGCCCACAUGUUCAGAUGCUUUGACUUUCUAAAGGUCCCCAAGAUUUACUGGGAGCUUUCUACGAGGCGUGUGCUCUUCAUGGAAUUCAUGGAAGGUGGACAGGUGAAUGACAAGGACUACAUGGAGAGAAAUUGCAUCAAUGUCAAUGAGAUCUCUCGCAACCUGGGGAAGUUAUACAGUGAAAUGAUCUUUGUCAAUGGCUUCGUGCACUGUGAUCCACACCCAGGCAAUGUGUUAGUGAGGAAGUGCCCAACUACGGGCAAGGCACACAUUAUACUUCUGGACCAUGGACUCUAUCAGGUCCUGACAGACAACUUCCGCUUGGACUAUUGUCGGCUUUGGCAGGCCCUGAUCAAGGCUGAUAUGAAGCGGAUCCAAAAAUACAGCCGGCAACUGGGAGCCGGUGACCUGUAUCCCCUCUUUGCUUGCAUGCUCACUGCCAGGUCCUGGGAAUCAGUCAACAGGGGCAUCAACCAGUUACCAGUCACAAGGAAAGAGGAUGUGGAAAUCCGGAACAAUGCCGCCACUUACCUACCUCAGAUCACCAAGCUCCUCAACAAUGUCCCUCGCCAGAUGCUGCUGCUGCUGAAGACCAAUGAUUUACUGAGGGGCGUUGAGUCCGCCCUGCAAACGCGGGCCAGUGCCAGCUCCUUCCUCAACAUGUCUCGCUGCUGCAUACGGGCCGUUGCCACGUAUCAGAGGAGCAAGAGUGACUCAUUGUACAGGAAGGCACAGUUAACCCUCUCCGAGGCCCUGAGCUUGUGGCAGAUCAACCUGUAUGAACUCUUCCUCCGGCUGAAGGGCUCCCAGCUGGGGAACUGGGUCAUUGGUUUCCUGAGCUGGAUGCACCAUUCCUCAGAGUGACACAAACUGGUGGGAGAAACCGGCCUCAAUUACUUCCCCACCUUUCCUGACUGUAGCAUUCUGUUUCUAUUUAUUCCGCUGGCUCUGUUUUUGUGUAACACAUGGUGCUGUCCUCGUUGCCUUUUGCAGGGUCACUUUCUCUCUGCCACAGUGGAGGGGAAAGCACAAAGCAGCAGCGAAAGCUCCAGGGUUCCAGAAGUCCUGUGUUUCCAAACAUCGUUCAGGGAGGUGGCAGCUUGGGUAUGAGGCUGCAAUUCUCUCAGUUCUCAGUCCAAUUAAGAAAAUCCAGUUCUACCAUAAAAUUCUAUAGUGGAACUUAAAAUUCUGCAAAGACCUAUGAGCUUCUAAUAAUACCCUUCCUCAACCUAGGGCACUCCAGAUGUUUUGGAUUACAAUUUCUAUCAGCUCCAGCCAGCAUGAUUAACAGUCAGGAAUGAUAAGGUCUGUAGCCCAAAGCUUCUGUGGGACACCAGGCAGAGGGAAUCUGCCUUAUAGCUUUCUAAACUAGUACAAGGGAAUAGUUGCGUUAAUCUCUCUUCAAAUCUGCUAAAAUGUUCCAAAACAAAAUGGAAAUCAGGUGAGCAAGGGAUUGGGAGCCAGGAUGGCUGAAUGGUAUCCCUAGUUUUGGGAGGCUAUGAGAGCAAGGGCUGGAAUUGCGGGUCUGUUCUCGCAUCUGUCACUGAGUAAUUGUGGUUUGGGACAUCUUUGGAUGUUUACUUUGACUCAUUGUCUGUAAAAUGAAGGCAGAAAUGCCAACCUGCCUUGGGAGUAUUCAGAGAGAAGGCACUGUUGAAUGGCAACAUAUUAUUGUCUCAGAAUUCAUUCAGAAGUCAAGUGCUGGUCAUGUAUGCAUUUUUGCAAGGGG